AUGGAAUCUGAACUGGCGAUGUGGCAAGAUGAGUGUCGCAAGGCGAAAUCUGAAGCUGAAAGUGUGAAUCAAAAGCUGAAAUAUGCGAAUGUGGAGCAAGAACGUUUGCAGGAACAACUCACAGAACUUAAGGACGAAUGCGAGGGCAAGCAAGUUGAAGAUGACAAGAUUAGGGAUCAGUAUGCAUUGGCGUUGAAGAAUUCAAACGAUCAAUUGGAAGAAGCGCAGAAACACAUCGUCGAACUAGAAGAUGUACGUUCCAAAAAUGAGCAGCUUACUGCUGAACUGUCAGCUUUGAGGGAAGAAUACGACAGUUUAUCUGCAAAAUGCAAACAGGUCGAAUAG